AUGGAUACCCGUUCGAUUGUUCACCUACAAAACACUCCUCAACCGGAGUCGAGGCAACACGGGCCUUACGGAUCGAUAAUCAAGGGAAACACGUCCAAGUCUGCCCCCAACUGUCGUCCUUUCUUCGUCUCACUGGUCAAACUGCCUCUCUCUCGAUGGACCAACAUCAGCAAUGACGAUACUCUGCUUACCCAUCUUUUCACGCUGUUCUGGACUUGGGACAGCUCCCUUGCCAGGAUAUUGCAUCGCGAGCUGCUCCUCGACGAUUUGUCUGCGCAGCGGGAUGCCGCGUCCAGCGUGCCGAGGGAAGCUGAGGCACAGUUCUGUUCGGAUUUCUUGAUUAACUCGAUACUGGCCGUCUCCAUGGGUUACCUCUUUAAAAGUACCGACUUUAACGAGCCUCCGACCCAUCGGGAGUUUGCAGACGAGGCUUUCCGACUUUUUGCUCUGCAAGGUCAGGCAGCCCAAGUACCUUUGCUGCAGGGAGUUGCCAUAAUGUCAAUCUAUGAGCAAGCCUUUGGAGACCCGCUCAGGGGGGCGAGCUUGUUUCUCGAUACGCUGUGCACACUACGGUCAAGCUCGGACAUUAUUGAUGUUCCUGCGUUGCCGUACGACAAUUACGAAAGCCCGAGAACAGACAACCUUCGACAAGCAAUUGCCUUUAUUUCCGACGGACUUUGUUACCUAGACGUUAAGAUAAGCCUGACUAUGGCUCCUGCGGCGUUUGCUUCUCGAAUCCCUCGGGCCAACGGCGUGCGAGGCCAAGGGUCGUUGUCUGAAAAAGGAUCAAAUAUCGACGCGCUGUGGAUCCCUUACCCGGUGUCGACACGGCCACAGCUGUCGCACUACGAUGACGCCCUUGAGGCCGAGUACGAGCUUAGUUGCUUAGCGGGCGAGAUUCUGCUUGCUAUCCAGAACAACCGCGCAAGUCCAGUACCGGACUAUCUUGGUGCAAAGGCAUUGUCAAACAUCCGUCGUACCGGCCUGGUGAGAAAAUCAUGGCCUGAGGGCCUAGGUUCCUCGGUCGAAAAUUCGACCAAGGACGCAGGACACGACUUGAAGAAGGGUACACUGACCACCAGCAGGGCGUCCUAUCACUUUGUCUCUAUAAAGCUCCUUGAGCCUUUCACGGGCCUGUCUUUCUUGGACUUUAGUGACGGGAAGACGGCUCGAUUUCUCUCUCAAUCGCACAGUGAGGGCACCAUCUCAACUUUAUGGAACUAUCGCACAGCGUUCGGGAUGCGACACGAGUAUUGGCUCCUUCAUGCCUGUAAUACUGCUGUAGCGAGUUUGCUUCUCGACAAUACGCUCCCCGGGCCCCAUGAGGAAUCAUUAUCUCGGGGCUGCGAGCUGCUAUACAGCAUGGGGCGAUACAUGCCUCGGGCAAACUGGCUUCUUCUGGCUCUAUGGGGCAAGGCCCAGGCGAGAGCAAUCAGGUUACCAGGCGCAUGCAAAAUGUUCUUGAGUGCGGGGACCGCGACGGUGAGGCGUAUCAACGUCGGUAACGUUGCGCCUCUGAUAUCCACCAAUGCUGGCAAGGGGGUGUUAUUCACGGAUCCGGCUCAGGUCACCUUCAAACAGAAGAUUGAAUGUAUAGAGAGGGACGGCUAA